UGGAGGAGUAGAAGAAGAGGAGGAGGAAGCGGACCUGUUGAGUGUUUGUUAUUUUGGUCUGAACGUGGGGAAAGUGCACUGAAAUCACCGUGUUUUUGCGUUCAUCUGCCACCGUGUGAUGACGGAGCGGAGCCUGUGAGCCUCCAGAAGCAGCGACAGACCGGGACCUGCAGUGGUGAUGGAUAGAGAAAGUGGCUCUCUGUUUCUCAGCGCUGACGCUAAUACUGACGUUGAUGUGGCGGCUGACAGCUGGCAUUUCGACCAUCCGUUCCCCUGUUCUGAACUUAUCCUCAGCGGUUCAGACAAACCCCUUCAUGACUGGACAAUGGACCCUGAUGCUACGCUGAAUGACAGUGAGUCUGAGGAUGUCCUCCACGGUGUCAACCCAAAUGAGGUGUUUCCCAGUGGCCCGCCAGCCGACCCCUCAUCUGAGAGUGACAGUGGCAUUUCAGAGGAUCCUGUCAUCUCUGAGAACACAGCUACCAUGACGACCAUCCAAUCGGUUGCCCCAGCAACAGUGUACCAGGUGGUCUACGACAUUGGUGGGGUGGAAAAUGAAACUGGACAACAACAGAACGUGGAAGUCAUCUCCAUCGAGCUGGAUGAGUGGAGCUCCCAGGUGUUGUUUUCAGACUCGUGCAUCGUCAACGAGCUUCCUGUCGCUCCAUCUCCUCAUCUUGACGGCAGCUUGACCCCUCCGGACCCUCCAAGUCCUGAUGGAGACCUGCUUUUUCCAGAUCUGCAGCUGACGGAGGAGGAGCAGAAGCUGCUGAAUCAGGAAGGCAUCUCUCUGCCCAGUAACCUUCCUCUCACUAAGGCCGAGGAACGAAUCCUGAAGAAAGUUCGGAGAAAAAUCCGAAACAAACAGUCGGCUCAGGACAGCCGGAGGAGGAGGAAGGAGUACAUCGACGGGCUGGAGAGUAGGGCAGCAGCCUGCUCAGCACAGAACAAGGAGCUGCAGAGGACUGUGGAACAGCUGGAGAAACACAACAUGUCUCUUCUGGCUCAGCUGCGACAGCUUCAGUCACUGAUCAAACAGACGGUCAGUAAAGGAGCCCAGACCAGCACCUGUUUACUGAUCAUCAUCGUGUCUCUGGGUUUGAUCAUCAUGCCGAGUUUCAGUCCAUUCAGACGCAGCUCAUCUGCAGACGAUGACUACAGACCCAUAGGAGUUAUUUCCAGAAACAUUCUGACUGACCCCGCCUCCUCCCAGCCCGCUGUCGAUGAGUCCGACACUCUGGCCGUCCAGUCCGACUCGCCACCUCCGAACUCUGACCUUAGCCAAUCAGGACCUCCGGGCUCUGCCAUCCUACAAGACACAGUAGAAAACCCUGAAAGCACAGUGCAGGAGGGGAGCCAAUCAGAUAACAGCUCAGCUCCGGUUACCGGGCAAACUGAGCAGCAGCUGGCUCUGGGUCUGAGGUCGAGGAGCGGGAAGGAAGGCCAUGAUUCAACCAAACCAGCACACGCUGAUGAAAUGUAGAGGAAACGGAGCAACUCACCCAUGUUCAGACUCCACCAUGGGGCUUCAGGUCUGGUGCCUUGCUCAAAGGACUCAGUAGUGUUCACUGAAGUCGACUCUGUUACAGGAUGAGCUGUACGGCAUUGAGGUGGGCCGAGGUUGAACGCUUCAGCUGAAAAUCAGCAGAUGAAACGAGGAAGUUUAACGCUGUUUUUAACCUGUAGUCGGUUCAUUUUGAAUCAGUCGAUCAGUCUGUCAUCUGCUGUUUUCUCCGUUUGGUUUGACUUCAUUUCUAAUUCAGGCUACUUCCAAAACAAAUAUGUUUAACUUUUGCUAUGUUUGCACCUAGCAUCCACAUUACUCCAGUGUUUUAAGAUUCAUUAAACACAGACUUUGAGAAUGCUGCUGACCAGGGCUGGGUAUUGUUUAAGUCUUAGGGCUGGGCGAUAGGGCAACAAAUGUCAAUUUUUGCAAUAUGUUAUCAUAAAAUAACAAUAAUUGUCACAUUAUUAUUAUUGCCUAAACUUUAAGACUUAUUUUUGUCCUGAGUCAAAGUUUGGGGAAAAAAAAUUGAUAAAAUUAAAUAAAAUUUGUUUAUUUUAUUUAAAGAAAUUGAAUGCAUUUAGAGUUCUUUACUGCAGAAUACUGCAUAAAAGACCAUUAUUUGUAUUUUUAAGAUAUUAUUUACAGUGAUAAUUAUGUGAAAAUGUUUGAUCAACAUUGAAAUCUAUGCAAAGGAACUUAAAAUAGAUAGCAAAACACUGAAACCUGUGUAAAUAAAACAAACCCAAAGUAAAAUGUAAUAGACACUACAAAUUUUUCAUCUUCAUAUGAAAGUAUAUUAUUGUAAUUAUUGAUGUUCUGUCACUCAGCCCUAAAACUAGAAUGAUGCCUCUUGUUUGGUGUCAGUUCCUAAAUGAUACCAGUUUUCCAUUUUAAAUUAAACAAAAGUCACUUUACACAUUAAUGUAUGAAACUUUACUUUUAUUUAUCAGAAUGUCUCCAUUUUUAUACAACAAAACAGUUUCAUAACGUAAAAAAUAAACCUUUUUUAUUCUGACAUUUUUCCUCUGGAAACAGCUUUUCAACAUUAAAGACAAUAUAAAGUUGCAUAAUAAUUUAAUAUUAAUAAACAUAUGUAAAAGCUGUACCUGCUCCAGCACUGAUACUGCUUAGAUUUACUUGAAAUUCUGUAUCAAAUGACAACACAUUUGCAGCUUUGAAAAUGAUUCCACUGUGACAAAGUAGGAAAAAGUCAACAUGCUAAUGUUAAGACCUCAGGGUUUUAUUCUGUAUAAAAAUCUGGCAGAAGACAAAUUAAAUGUUUGUUUAUUGAAGAAACUAACUAUUAAUGAUGGCAACCCCCCCCCCCCCCCUUUGGCAAAGGUCAAAUAACAGAACUUGAUGCUGAAAACCUGUAUAAAUAUAAUUAAUAGUCAACAAAAUCAAAAUGUUGUGUUGAAUUGAUUCUGAAAAUCACAGGCAGAAUGAGAAUCAUUUCCAAAGCUGUAAAGAGUUCGGUUGGUGCCAUGAAGGUGUUGAAGUUCAGACUGAAAUAAACACAAUCAAACUUAAGUGUGUUCCCAAAAGGCGAGAACCUCUCCUCGUCUUUGUGCUGCUGACGCUGUUCAUCCAGAUCAGAUCAUAAAUAUAAAAUACUACUGUUCGUUCUCUGUCAAACAUGGCUUUUUGCAGCUUUUGCCGAACCUGCUAUAAAUGAUCACAUCUAAAUGUUUAUGAUUGAACAGUUAACUCUACAUUAGUGAAAUAAACCAGAGUGAGAAGAGUUAAAAGGGUCUCUGACGCAACAGUUGAACGUUUAAGGCCUUGUUUAUUAGCACGUAGAGCACCUCUGCCAAAAUGGAUCAUGUGUUCAUCAUGUGUUUCAACAAGAUUCUGCUUUGACUUUUUGUAAAUAUUGAUCUUUGUUUUUUUCUCUGGAUUUAUGACUGUUUUAAACAUAUGUUACAAAGUCCCUGUGGGUUAAAUUAAUUUAUUGUUUUUCAUUAACAACGUGGGAAAUGCGGCUGAAAAUACAGCUUUAAUUAGAAUCUACCAGCUCUGUGUCUGACAGAUUUGUGUCAUUCAUUACAGGCUAUAUUUUCAUAUUUACUCCAGUAAAAGGGAACAAUCAAUGGA